AUGAGUUCCCCUAGCCUUCUUUAUAAAAGAUUACUUUGGACAUCUCCACCGUCUUAUGCACAUAGUCAAGCCAUUACUCAUGUACAUAGGUAUAGGUUAGUACGAACCAUCAAGGAUGUAAAACCGUUGAACGCAUAUAAGGUGAUUUCUCAGAUUGAUAGAUACAAGGAGUACAUACCAUAUUGUCUUGAUUCUUUUAUUGGAAAAAGAAGCCCUCAUAAUAAUAUGCCUACUCUAGCUGGACUAAGAGUGGGCUUUAAGCAGUACGAUGAGGUAUUCAACUGUGAAAUAGAAUGUGAUAAGGCCAAUGAGCAAAAAUAUAUAGUAGAAGCCAAUUCUAUCUCAUACAAUAUUUUUCAAAAAUUGUAUUCUAAAUGGACAAUUGUUCAACAUCCAAGAGUAAAAGAGUCGAUACAAAUUGAAUUGAUUUUGUUAUUCAAGUUCAAUUCUGCUUUAUAUAAUAGCGUUGCGGGGUUAUUUGCAAAGAAAGUAAUGAACACUGUGAUGGAUUCCUUUGAAAAGAGAAUACUGGAACGAAAAAUUUUGGGGAAUUCAAAUUAA